UGCGCUUGGCUGGGCUAUAAAAGGCCUGAGACUGGGCAGACCCUGGAUUAGUGCCAGCAUGAAGCUACUACUGGUGGUGGUGCUGCUUUCGGCCAAUUUUCUAUUUCUCUGCUUGGCUGAACGCCUGCGGUUCGACCACUACCGGGUCUAUAGAGUGCAACCAACGAGAGCUGAUCAAUUGAAGGGACUUGAAGUUCUGGAGGGAAGCAGCAAUGAUGUCAUGGUCCUAAAUAAUCUCCACCUGGGACCCACCGAUUUUCUAGUUUCUCCCAGCUACGAUAAAGCAUUUUUAAGUCUGCUGAAGAGCUUGGAUCUCUCUCCCGAACUGAUUGACGCCAAUGCCCAGUCUAGUCUAUCGCUGGACAUUGAGCCCGUGGCGGACUCCAAUCGUCGCACUGAUGUCUACUCCUGGAUGGUGUAUCACGAGCUGAACGACACCCAACAUUGGAUGCAGAACUUGGUGGCCAAGUACUCGGAUAUAGUGACUAUAUUUGUGGCAGGCCAGAGUUACGAGGGUCGUGAACUCAUGGGUCUGAAGAUCAAUCACAAGGAUGGCAGGGCUGAUAAGCAGUCCAUUUUCUUGGAGGCUGGCAUGCAUGCCAGGGAAUGGAUCAGUCCCGCCACUGCCACGUAUUUUGCCAAUGAAUUGCUGACCUCGCAGAAUGCACAGAUCAUGGGGCUGGCCAAAUCGUAUGUCUGGUACAUACUGCCGCAUGCAAACCCGGAUGGCUACGUCUACACGCACACAACAAACCGCAUGUGGCGCAAGACCCGCAGUCCGCAGGACAAAAACUGCUUUGGAACAGACCCGAACCGCAACUGGGACUUUCAUUGGCGAGAGGUGGGAGCCAGUGCCGAUCCCUGCUCAGAAUCCUAUGCCGGACCCAGGCCAUUUUCCGAGCCGGAGACCAAAACUCUCUCUCAGUAUUUGACAUCGCUGCCGGAACCCAUGUUCAUGUACCUAUCGCUGCACUCCUUCUCUCAGCUACUCCUGUAUCCCUAUGGACACACCUCCAAGCUGCCAGAAAAUCAUCGCCAACUGGAGCAGGUCUUCAAUGUGGCAGUGGGCGCUAUGAAACGCCGUUAUGGAACCCGAUAUACGGGCGGAAAUGUGUAUGAUGCCAUUUAUCCGGCAGCUGGUUCCAGCAUGGAUUGGGUCUACGGAGUGCGUAAUGUCAAGUACUCCUUCUGCUACGAGUUGCGUCCCUCUGGCUACAGUUUCUGGACGGGCUUCAGACUUCCCGCUUCCCAAAUAAUACCCACGGGCCAGGAGACCACGGACUCUUUGAUGGAAAUGAUUAAGGCUGCUGCCUCGAUCGAGGGAUACAAGUUACAAUAA